AUGCGUCUGCUUAUUCCAUUCGUGAUCCUGAGCAUUGUGCUCGUCCAGGGCACCGCUGCUUGGAACCCGACCACGAGAAAGUUGGAAGAGACCGUAGGCUCGAUGAACGAGCACAUUGGUGCAUUGCUCUCAUCCUUCUCCAAGUACCUCGCCGGCGAUCUGUAAGUCUCGACACUUCUUGCUCCUCUCUUGUGCGCACCCUGACGCCAGCACUUGCAAUUGUUCCAGUUCUCAGACUGGUUUGGCCAUCGCGGCUGUCACCAACCUUACCGCAGAUCUCCAUACUGCUGUGAAUGACCUCGCAUCGCCGGAGGUUGAAGUCCAGGGCGAAGACGUCCAGGAUAUCUUGGUGCUUCUUGGCUAUGCGUGAGUGCCCUUCGGCUACUCGACGUACAUACAUCGAUACGUCGGCGGGGGCGCUAACCAUGGACUCCCCAAUGGUUCUGCUUCGCAGCUCCGGCAACGUCACCGCAACUGUCCAGGCGCUGGUGCAGAACCAAGACCGAAUGAAGAAGAGCGGUGUCGACGGGUUCGUGGACCAGCUGCUACCUCCUCUCGGCCGCGCUUUCAAGACUUUUUCCUCUCUGGUCACCAUCCAGUCUGACAAGAAAUACCGCACCCAGCUCUACGAGGCCACUGCAAUCAUCGUCGCGUGGAUCAACUUUGGGCUAGUGGCGUUUGGCAACUCGAGAGUGAGCGGAGACUGGCCCGUCGGAGAUGUCGACCAUCCUUUCGACCCUCAACCUUGCGACGGCUACCAGGACAAAGGCGAAGAGUGUCAAGAGCUCCAGCAGCCACAAGCAGCGGCCUAA